GGCACUGAAACCGUACAUACAUAAAUACAGGCAUACUGAGACCAUGGAAUGGACUCUAGAGUUGUGUGCUAUUUUUAAGCCGGGCGGAAGGACGCUUACCUGUAUGUAGAGUAAUGGAUCACGGGGAAAAUAAUAACCAGCCACUACUCGCGGCCUCGUCCUCACCGGAAGAACAUCGUCAUGAUAUCUCCGCCGCGACUGCAAUUUUCAGCGCUGACUCUCCUGACAUUCCUCCCAUCAACACUCCCAAAGAUUUCUUUACUCAAUUCUUGAUCGAGUCCAAGAAGCUCUGGUACCUCGCCGCCCCCGCCAUUUUCACCUCCAUUUCCCAGUAUUCCCUCGGCGCCAUCACUCAGGUCCUCGCCGGUCACGUCGGCGCCCUCCAACUUGCUGCCUUCUCCGUCGAGAACUCCGUCAUUGCCGGCUUCUGCUUCGGCUUCAUGCUUGGGAUGGGAAGCGCGCUGGAGACGCUUUGCGGGCAGGCGUACGGGGCUGGGCAGCUUGAUAUGUUAGGGAUUUACAUGCAAAGGUCAUGGGUGAUUCUGAACUCGACGGCUCUGAUUCUGACUCCGUUGUACAUCUUCGCGAGGCAAAUCCUGAAAGCGAUAGGGCAGAAGACGGCGAUCGCGGACGCGGCGGGUCUGUUCGCUCUUUGGAUGAUCCCGCAGCUGUUUGCGUACGCGAUGAACUUUCCGAUCCAGAAGUUCUUGCAGGCGCAGAGCAGGAUCAUGGCCAUGGCGUGGAUAUCUGCUGCGGUGCUGGUGGUGCACACGGUGAUGAGCUGGUUGCUGAUGCUGAAAUUGAAGUGGGGCCUGGUCGGAGCGGCGGUCGUCCUGAACUCGUCGUGGUGGCUCGUCGUGCUCGGUCAACUGGUCUACAUCUUCACCGGAACGUGUGGGAGAGCUUGGAGUGGCUUCUCCUUCCAAGCCUUUAAGAAUCUGUGGAGCUUCCUUCGCCUCUCUCUGGCCUCCGCCGUUAUGCUCUGCUUGGAGGUGUGGUAUUUCACGGCUCUGAUUCUCUUCGCUGGAUAUCUUAAAAACGCUGAAGUUUCAGUGGAUGCCCUGUCUAUUUGCAUCAACAUACUGGGUUGGACUAUAAUGGUCUCCUUCGGAUUGAACGCAACCGUAAGUGUGAGAGUAUCGAAUGAACUCGGAGCAGGACAUCCAAGAGCAGCAAAGUUUUCGCUGUUAGUGGCUGUAAUGACGUCGUUGAUGCUGGGAAUUGUGUUGGCUCUGAUCCUCAUCAUCUUCCGGAAUGAGUAUCCAUCCUUGUUCUCCAGCGACAAAGAGGUGCAAGAGGCGGUCAAGAAUCUCACACCCAUGUUGGCUUUCUGCAUCGUUAUCAACAACGUCCAGCCUGUUCUCUCCGGCAUCGCCGUCGGAGCAGGCUGGCAAGCCAUUGUUGCUUACGUCAACAUCGCUUGUUACUACCUCUUCGGCAUCCCUCUCGCUCUUCUCUUGGGUUUCAAGUUCGACCUUGGAGUCAUUGGAAUUUGGUCUGGAAUGUUGUCGGGAACCAUUUUACAGACAAUCGUUCUAACCAUAAUGGUUUGGAAAACCAACUGGAACAAAGAGGCAUCACUUGCAGAAGAUAGGAUCAAGAAGUGGGGUGGGCAUGCUGAUUCAGGAGAGAGUGAAACGGGAAAGACAGAAGAAACUUGAAGCCGAAGGUGCAGAAAAUUCUUGCUUAGCUUUGCUCAGAUUUUUAUAAAGUUUUUAGUUGUUUUCAUUUGAGGGAUGAAUGUUGGGAAAUAACUCCUCAGAGGGAUUGAUGGUGCCUCUCUUUUAAUUUUCUUCCUGCACUCAAAUAGGUAGGUGAUUUUGAAUAAUAACACAAAAGUUAAACCCAAAACAAGAAAACAAGAAACAAAAACCUACUAAUGUGAGUGCAGGAAGGAAACAAGAAGGGAUAGGUGCACCAGAAGACUAACAAAGGUCCUAGACAUGUUGGCGAAACUUGUGCAUUUUUAGAGCAUGGAUAGAAAUUAAUAAUUUAGCUUUGGUAAA